GUAUAAUAAGUGGAAAUGGUUUUCUGGAUCUAAUUACACAUACUCAAAUAUUGGCCAGGAGGGCUGGAUCAGCUUUUAACGGUAUGGUCGUUUUGGAUAAUGGAAUUUUGCUAGGAAAAUCGAAAGUAAAUGGAUUAAACUACAAAAAAGAUAUUUUCCAACCAUUAUAUUCUUGUCAAACUGUAUAGAAUAAAGAAAUCAUUUGUUUCUCGUUUUUAGACAUGUACUACAGUCGUAAUAUUGUAGCAGGACUGUGUUUUGCUAUCUAAUAAACACGGACUGAAGUCGCGUCACACUCGGUGCGUAAUACCGAAUGUAACGCAAAUGCUGCAUUGUACAGUUCUGUUUGCCGAAUUAUCCUUGACUGUUAGUGGGUGGGAAAUUGUUUUGAAAUACAAUGGCAUACCGAUGCACAGACGGAAAUAUUCGUUCAUCCUGUUUCGGCUGCGCAGAAUAUACAUUCAGUGAACACUGCAAAUCCCACCAGCAUCAUCUCUCCACUUUGCCGAGCGCGGGGUUCGCUUUCGAAUGCGCCUAGCCGCGGAGUUUCCGGGUUUCUGUCGUCUACGCUGGUGUUUCUGGUCACAGGGUGUCGGGUCGAGACCGGUUGCUGAGAAUGGGGGACAACCGGGGCAAGUUCGAGCUCUUCAAAACUCCAGGUAAACACGCGGCGCGUAAGGGCUCGAAGGACAACAAGCUGCGUCUUCGCGUCAUCUUCCUGGAUGACAGCGUGAAGAUUUUUGAAGUCGAACAGGGGAUUCUGGGAAACGAUUUCUUCAGCAAAGUGUGCGGAUACUUGAAGCUGCUGGAGAAGGAGUACUUUGGGCUGGAGUUCCGUCACCAUAGCGGCAGCUACGUGUGGCUGGAACUGCUUAAGCCCCUGGCAAAGCAAGUUAAAAGCACCACUGACCUGACGUUCCGCUUCAUCGUGAAGUUCUUCCCCCCCGAUCCCGGGCAGCUCCAGAAGGGUCUGACCAGGUAUCUGUUUGCUCUGCAGAUCAAGCAGGAUCUGUCCAACGGGAGCCUCACGUGUAACGACAACAGCGCCGCCCUGCUGGUCUCCCAUAUAUUACAGUCUGAGCUGGGGGACUAUGACGAGGAGAUGGACGCCCAGCACCUGCAGAACAACCAAUAUGUCCCAAACCAGGAGUACCUGGACCACAGGAUCAUCGGCUUCCACAAGCGACACAGAGGUCAGACCCCCUCGGAGUCGGACGCCCAGCUGCUGGAGGUGGCCCGCAAGCUGGACAUGUACGGGAUCCGGCCGCACGCGGCCAGCGACGGGGAGGGCAUGCGCAUCAACCUGGCCGUCACGCACAUGGGCGUGCUGGUCUUCCAGGGCAACACCAAGAUCAACACCUUCAGCUGGGCCAAAGUCCGCAAGCUCAGCUUCAAGAGGAAGCACUUCUUAAUAAAACUCCACGCCAAGAUCGCGCCCUCUCGCAGGGACACGGUGGUGUUCACCAUGGCCAGCCGAGACGUGUGCAAGGCCUUCUGGAGGAUGUGCGUGGAGUACCACGCCUUCUUCCGCCUCACCGAGGAGCCCAGGUCCCACCACAAGUCCCUGCUCUCCAGCAAGGGCUCCAGCUUCAGGUUCAGUGGCAGGACACAGAAGCAGCUGCUCGACUCUUUGGGAAAGGGAGAGAAGAAAAAUAUGUCCUUUGAGAGAAAGCACUGCAAGACGGACUUUGACGCACGUCAGUGCAGGUCUUCCCCCGACCUCCUCACAGACGUCUCCAAACAGCUGUUUGGGGGCUCCUGUGUGCUCCCCCACGCUGGCUCGGCUCAGCGCGGCUGUGAGCGGGACAGGGGCGCGCCGGCCCUGAGGGGGAGGCGCAGUAAGUCCGCCAUGGAGGUGGUGUUCGCCGCCGAGCUGGAGCGCUCGCACCCCAGCCCCCUCUCCAAGGCCCGCUCCUCGCCCUCCUCCUCCUACCCCGGGACAGCGGCGGGGGCGGGGGCGGGGCUGCAGGUGCGGGGGGCGCAGAGGCCCAAACCGCGCCAGCGGGCGGGGCAGUCCCGGUCCAGCGCGGGGCUGGCGGAGGGGCCCCACGGGCUGGUCCUCCUCUACCCCAACAACCCCCACCUGGCGCUGCACCCGGUGCUGCCCGCCUUCCCCCUCCCCGUGUUCGUGCCCGGCGGCGGUGGUGGCGGCGGGGGCGGGCCCUCGUCCCAUGACCGUCUCCACCGCCCCCCCGCCCACAACCACCACCACCACCACCACCAAGCCCCCCCGCCGGACGACGUGGUGCGCUCCUCCAGCUUCUCCAGCCCCUCCUCGCUCUCCCCCCUGCGGCGGCGGCGUCCCCGUGCCAACGGGCCGGGCCUGGGCGUGGCGGGCGUGGGCCUGUGCCAGGGCGGGCGGGCGGCGGGGUACGGCAGCCAGCUGGACUUCGGCCGCGCGGAGGCGGGCCACUUCAGCGACGACUGCACCUAUCAGACGGGCCUGCCCGGCCGCUGCCGCAGCCAAUCGGACGUCAAGUCCCUGCGGCCGCCCACCGCCGCCGCCUCCGCCGCCGCCGCCUCCUACGCCUCCGAGUUCCGGCCCCUGGGGCACUACCCGCACCUGUCCCGGCGCCAGGGCCCCGUGCGGCCCACCUACCUCCCCCUGGGCUCGGCCACCCUGCCGGACCGGCCCGCCUCCCUCUGCGUCCUGGGCGCUUCCGGGAGCUUCAGCGACUCGGACCCGGACGUCCUGUACCCCUACUACUGCCCCGCGCUGGGGAGCCUGGUGCACGCCGGGCCCCUCGUCCGCAUGCGCCUCUCCUCCGGCAGCCUGCAGCUGGACGAGGAAGAGGAGGAGGAGGAGGAGGAGGAAGAGGAAGAGGAGGAGGAGGAGGAGGAGGGAGGGGAUGAUGCCUUCAACCUCAGUGACAGCGAGGGCGUCAAUCCCCGCGUCACGAUGCGGUGCUAAGCCAAUCACGACGCAGGGGGCGGGGCCCUGCAUUUGCAUGAAUUUGAGAGGCCGGUGUUACUCUGUUAUGGAGCCUCUUAAUCUAUGAUCUGUGCUGGUUGGGCGUUCCUUCCAAACAAAUCUGUAAUUCCUCAAAAUAUUAUCUCUGUAUGGACUGUUUUGAACGAGGUAUUGCAGCAAUAAAAUUGGUUCGGAGGACAGGGACAACAGGUCCAGUAAUUUGUAAAGAUUCCUGGUAAAAAAAAAAAAAUUGUCUCAAAUUGUAUUUGAUGCCAGAGGAUUCCCAGGGGUGCUGUCUCAGUGUGAU